AUGCCAGUUCACCCAACAUUACCCUCGCCAACAUGCCCCUUUUGCGCCAUCGCUGCUGCGUAUCCUCCCAUCCCGCCAUCAUCGGCUUUGCAACGAGUGUCCCACCCACCUACUCAAACCAGCAGUAAUGAACCAUCGUCAAGGGCGUUUUUGAUUCUGGCUACGCAGCAUGUUCUGGCUUUUUUGGAUAUUAUGCCUUUGUCCAGGGGCCAUAUUUUGCUUACGACGAGGAAUCAUUGGGAGAAAGUUGGGGAUGUGGGGGUUAGAGUAGGAGAAGAGAUUGGUAAAUGGCUCCCGGUCAUCUCUCGAGUAACUAUGCGAGUUAUAUUCGGAGAAGAGAGUCUGGCAGAAGACCAGCAUUGGAAUAUUGUUCAGAACAAUGGUGAAAGAGCAGCCCAGGUGGUUCCUCACGUUCAUUUCCACAUCAUCCCGAGACCACCACUAUUGUCUUCCAGCGCGACGAGACAGUUGUCCAGUUGGACAAUGUUUGGUCGAGGGCAGAGGGAUGAUCUGGACGAUGACGAAGGGGAGGAAUUGGCACGUCUAUUGAGAGAGGAGCUUGCGAGGGAAGUGAAGCGAGUGAAACGGGACGAGGGUGUUGAUUUGGACGUGGAUAUAGAUCACAAGUUAAAGUUGUAG